AGAGUUUAAGCACGUUGGUCAUUCCAGAAACUAAACUGCGCACGGCGCAGUCCGAUCUUAAUUAAGCAACUAAAUCUCUAACCAAAUUCCAAACGGAGAUCUACAAAUUUUAACUCAAAAUACUAUAAAAGAAAAUAAUGAUUUUGUUGUUCAGAAAAGGAAUUCAGUUUUGAAAAGAAUUUACAAAAAAUUGAAAAAGUGUAAAAAAAUAUUCUAACGGCGUUGUUUCCCUCCCCUUUGAUCCACCAAACAAAGUUCAUUGCUUAUUGCCUUUUUGCUUUGCCCCAUAAUAAUUCCCCGCACCCAGCCCCUGCCACACAACAAGUGCCUGAAGCAAAAUCGGAAAAAAGUAUAGCAAAAAAAAACGCGUAUUUUUCUAUUCUUGUUGUUUGUAUCUAUACCAGAGUUUUGGCUUCCUUUUCUCGUGUCUAUUUUUUUUUUUCGUUGUGGUUAUUCUAUUUGUCCAUUGUGCCGCCUUGUAUUCUAGAAAAAAAAUGAGAAUUGUUGAUUUUCAAUAAAAAAAAAAUAAAUAAAUAAAAACGGAAUGCAUCGAGUCGAAUGCAAAUUAAUAAUAAAUAAUAUCAAUGAAAUAUUUUGUUUAAAUCUCGUUUAUGUUUUACCGCCUGCAUUAAAAUACCAUCAUCAAUAACAAGCCUCGGAAACAAAAUAAAAGAAAACAAGAUAAGCAAAUUGAAUUUAUUCAUUGAAACGAAUUAAUCAUCCAGAUUUCAUUUUGUGCGUUCCUGUGCAUCUCUGUGCGUGCGUGUGUUUGUGUUCAAGUGCGUGGUAUAGAAUUAAGGUAUUAAUGCAGUGAACGCAGUCUGUCUUAGUGGCUUUUUUAUAUCUUGGCUGGAAGAAAUCACAAAAGGAAAUACCUUUUUUAUGAGUUACCUUUGGAAAUUGAAUGAAGACCCAUGAUAUUUAAUAACAAGAAAUUAUAACACCCACUUCACUUCAAACUACUCUAUAUCUGAGAAGUGACGAACACCCAGCCAACAUCAUGGAAUUGAGUAAUUUUGGUGCAACGAAAAAAAUGUCACGCGAGGAGAGGCGUUACUCAGUGCCACAUGGACCGAAUUCACCACUGCCGCAUGCAGCGUCCGAAGACUUGCAUGCAUGGUCAAUAUACAGGCAAAAUUUGAAUUCAGAUUUUACCGACUCAGCCCUGGGCUCCUCGGACAAAUCACCGCUGCCAUAUGGAAAUUUUCAAUUACGCGAUUCCACAGUACAAUCAAUACUCAAUCAUCCGCGUUAUGGACCCAAAUCACCAUUGGGCUCUAAUAUGUACACAUAUCUGAAAUUUGGUCUACCACGUGUCUUCCCACCCAAUGCCGGUUCACAACGUUCCCAUCGGCCCGGCCCCGGUCCUGGCGGUGCCAGAGGUGGUCCCAGCAGUGGUGGUGUUAGCGGUCGUAUUAAUCGCGGUUUCCGUGACAGUUCAGCCGGUCCGACGGCUGGCUCUUCGGGUUACGAUAGCAGUGACAACGAAACGACACGCAGUCGAGGACCACCGAAUUUAAGAAAAUAUCGUAGUGAAUCGGAUUUUCGUGCCAUUGGUGGUAUACCCUCAUCACGUCCCGAUUCUCGUGCUCAAGGCAUACCGAUGUCCGCCCUUCGACAAGCUAACAGUCGAGCUAGUAUAGCUGUUGGUACCCAUGUAAAUAGCCAUCAUCCCCAGCAUCACCAUAUGCCUAAUGGCAAACAUUAUGGCCAUCGUUCGCACAGUGAAGCGGAUCUUCUGGCCAGUGCUGGUGGCAAUGAUGUCUAUGACUAUGGUGGCGGCGGUGGUGGUGGGGGCGGAGCAGCUGAAUCCCGUAUAUAUGGUACUUCACGCAAUCGUCACCAUCACAUGGAACACGCGAAUGGCGGUAGUCACAUUUCGAAUUAUGGUGGUGUGUCACAACGUAAACGCUCCGAAAUAGGUUUGGUCUACCCUAAUAUACAGGUCCACUGUCUGGAUGUGAAUCCCUGUCUGAGGGGUGUUUCGCUGCAAGCCAAGGCCGGAGAUUUAUUUGCCAUUAUGGCGACAUCACAAAAAGAGGGCACAGCUCUGACAGAAUGUCUGGCCGGUUUGAAUGAAAGGAUCGGCGGUGAGAUCCUCAUCAAUGGCCAGCAGAUAAAUCGUCGUGGCCUUAGGGAGUUGUGUAGUUAUGUGCCUGCUUUAAGUGUGUCCUCGCUGGAUCCCCGGAUGAGUGUACAGUGUACAUUGAAUUUCCAUGCCACCCUGAGGGGUCCCAUGGACCGGAGUGAUUUAAAAGAGAGGAUGGAUGUCCUUAUCGAGGAUCUGGGUUUGACCACUGUGCGGGCCUCUAAUGUCUCCUCGCUGACUCAUUCGGAAAAACAACGCCUUAGCGUGGCCUGCCAGCUACUGGCCCAGUCAUCGAUUUUAAUUUUGGAUCAAGUCACAUCGAAUAUGGAUAUAUUCGAUACUUUCUUCCUUGUGGAAUAUUUGCGUCAAUGGUGCAGUGGUGGCCGGAUAGUCAUAAUGACCCUCCAACCACCCACAUUUGAAAUUUUGUCCAUGUGUUCCGGGGUCCUGCUGCUGUCCGGGGGACGUACAGUUUUCUCCGGCAGUCGUUCGGAUUUGCCAAGGCACAUGGGAGAACUGGGUUAUCCCUGUCCGCCCUUUAAAAAUCCAGCAGAUUAUUACUUGGAUUUGGUGACACUGGACGAUCUGUCCGCUGCCGCAUUACUGGAAUCAUCAGCCCGUAUCGAGUCGUUGGCAAAUUCCUGGGACCAAAUAAAUUCCGAACCCCCCUUGGCGGCCCCACCCGCCUCACUGCCAAAUUUUGUACGAAAGGCCGGUUUCUUUGGCCAAAUGAAGGCUCUGAUUAAACGUUUUGCGGCCUACAAACAACCGGGCUCUCUGCUCACCUGGAUAAGCAAACUAAUAUCGGCAGCUGUGAUUUCCCUUUGCAUUGGCUGCAUAUUUUGGGAUGUACCUGCCUCGGAUCCCCAACUGACAUACAACGAUCGUUUGGGUUAUCACCACUGUGUCAUGGCGUUAAUGUAUUGGCCUCUGCUAAUGUUAACCAUUAGGGAUACCCAAGAAGAUCGGCGUCAUGCCGAAAGAGAUUUAAGAUUAGGACUAUACUCAAGAUCCCUAUAUAUUAUUGUACAGAGUUUGGCUGGUUUGUUCCCCAGUUUGUGUAUAUGGUUGGCAUAUCUUUUACCGGCCCAUAGCAUGGCCGGUUUGUAUACCUACAGUACCAGCAGCGAUACUGGUAUCUAUUUGUAUAUGGGUUAUAUGCUGCUGUAUUUGACGGUCAUCCAAACAUUGGCAAUAUUCUGUGCCCACCUUAUGCCCAGCAAGGUUGGAUCGACAAUACUAAAUACUCUUAUUUCGUUGGGUCUUACCGCCGUCGGAGGAUAUUCCAUACAUCCAAAGAAUGUCUCGAAAAUCUGGUCAUGGUCGGAGUUGAUAUCACCUGAAAAAUGGCUAUUACCGGUUCUGGUACAGGAUGAAUAUAGUGCCGAGACCUUGGCAAAUUCGGCAGGAUUACAGCUAUGCCGUAACAAACAGGUGCAACACCAAGAGAUUAUAGUACAACAGCCCUGUCCACCACCGAAUGGUACCCAAGUGCUAGUCGACUUUCAAUUGCUGCCACAAGAUCACAAAUUGGAUCCCACCUACACCUACGAUCAGACAACAACGGUGGCCUUGGUUUUGGCAUCGAUUGUUGUAUUCUUCGUAACCUUCUUUGUGUUCGCUUGCAAUUGUCGUAACAUGUUCUGUAAGAAACCGAAAAAAGCGUUUAGAGAUCGACUUUGAGGUGGAGCAGCAAUGAAGAGUUGCUGGCGCAAAGCGAAGCGUUUAAACCAUAAAAUACGAUUAGUUAAGUUUUAGUGCUGCAAUACUUUUUACAAAAAAAUAUAAUUUUUUUCCAACAAAAAAAACUAUUUAAAUUUUUGUUCAUAAGUUUUAAAAACGACUUCCAUAGCUAUACAUUGUUAGAAUGCAUAUAUUUUUAAAUAAUUAAAAUUAUUACUAUUAAACAACGCACAUUUUGAUUAUGCAUUUUUUAAACAAAUAAGACAUUUUUCAUACAAUUAUUUUUAUAUUAUUAACAACAAAUUAUUAUAUAUAUCU